CCGGCGACCGAAUGCUUCCUUUGCCAAGAUGGCGCCGGGAGGCAGUGGCCGUGGCAGCACGCCGUGCUUGAAAAGCGAGGCCGAUUCCGGCUUCCUGGGCUUCCGUCCCACUUCGGUGGACCCGGCGCUGAGGCGGCGUCGGCGAGGCCCAAGAAACAGGAAACGAGGCUGGCGGCGGCUCGCUCAGGAGCCGCUGGGGCUGGAAGUUGACCAGUUCCUGGAGGACGUGCGGCUGCAGGAGCGCACUAGCGGUGGCUUGAUAUCAGAGGCCCCGGAUGAGAAACUCUUCUUCGUGGACACCGGCUCCAAGAAAAAGGCCCCAGAGCUGAACAAGAGGACCAGAAGCCAGAAAAGAUCACUUCUUCUCAAGAAACCCCUUCGUGUUGACCUCAUCCUAGAGAACACAUCCAAGGUCCCUGCCCCCAAAGACGUCCUCGCCCACCAGGUCCCCAAUGCCAGGAAGCUCAAGCGGAAGGAGCAGCUAUGGGAGAAGCUGGCCAAGCAGGGCGAGCUGCCCCGGGAGGUGCGCAGGGCACAGGCCCGGCUUCUCAACCCUCCUGCUACCAAAGCCAAGCCCGGGCCCCAAGAUACCGUCGAGCGGCCUUUCUAUGAUCUCUGGGCCAAAGACAACCCUCUGGAGCGUCCCCUGGCUGGCCAGGAUGCCUUUUUCUUGGAGCAGACCAAGAAGAAAGGGGUGAAGCGGCCGCCGCACCUGCACACCAAGCCUUCCCAGGUCCCUGCUGUGGAGGUGACACCAGCUGGAGCCUCCUACAACCCGUCCUUCGAGGACCACCAGACCCUGCUGCGGGCGGCCCACGAGGUUGAACUGCAGCGGGAGAAGGAGGCGGAGAAGCUGGAAAGGCGGCUGGCGCUGCCCGCCUCGGAGCAGCCUGCCACCCAGGAGUCUGCGUUCCAGGAGCUGUGCCAGGGGCUGCUGGAGGAGUCAGACGGGGAGGGGGAGCCAGGUGAGGGCCAGGACAGGGGGCCCGAGACUGGAAGGGAGCCGGCCGAAGGAGUGGAGGCCUCCCCGGCACCCACACGCCUGGCUGCGGCGGAGAAGAAGACCGAGCAACAGCGGCGGCGGGAGAAGGCUGCGCGGAAGAUGCGGGUACAGCAGGCCGAGGUGCGGGCGGCCCGGCUCCGGCACCAGGAGCUCUUCAGGCUACGCGGGAUCAAGGCCCAGGUGGCGCGGCGGCUGGCAGAGCUGGCGCGGCGGCGGGAGCGGCGGCGGGCACAGCGGCUGGCCGAGGCGGACAGACCCCGCAGGCUGGGGCGGCUCAAGUACCAGGCCCCCGACAUCGACGUGCAGCUCAGCUCGGAGCUGUCUGACUCGCUCAGGACCCUGAAGCCGGAAGGCAACAUUCUCCGUGACCGUUUCAAGAGCUUCCAGAAGAGAAACAUGAUCGAGCCUCGGGAGAGAGCCAAGUUCAAGCGCAAGUACAAAGUGAAGCUCGUGGAGAAGCGCGCGUUCCGCGAGAUCCAGUUGUAGACACCACGGAUGCCGGAGCCCCUACCCCACAAUAAAUCACCGCUGGCUGACC